AUGCCUAUAUCGGUGUCCAAAUUUGCACAAAUACAGCAGCGUCUUCUCCUGGCUGAGCAUGAAGACGAGAUAGCUUCCUCUCCUCUGUCCUCCAGCUCUACAGCUGCCUCGGCCUCAACCCGGCGGGCUCUGCAGAAUGCCGGCCAUGCGCUCACUGGCAUGGUCCUCACCAACUGCCGGACAGGCAUGGGCGGCCGAGAAGUAGGAGAGUUCGGUCUCGAUACUGCUCUCUCUAGCUCUGGGCGUGCAAAGGGCGCCAGCAAGGACGAGGAUAAUACCCGGCUAGGUGUCCAUGGCAUCACGGUGGGGGAUAUCGUCCGCGUCGAGGAGAUUGCUUCUGGCAAAACAGCGGCCAAAUCCAAGGCCGGGCAAGACGACGACAAGAAUCAGAGAGGCCUUGAAGGUGUCGUCACUCGUGUUGGAGAGAGAUCUAUUUGGGCUGCCUUUGGGGAUCGUGGCAAAGGCAAGCAGGAUGAAGACGGUGUCGACGAGCUCUGGGGACGCAAGCUCUGGCUAGUCAAGCUGGCGAACGAUGUUACUUACAGACGUAUGAACCAAACGAUGGCCAAGCUGGAGAAGUUGCAGGAAUCAGAGCAUUCCCAGCUGAUCAGAGUGCUAUUCGGGCAUACUACGCCCUUACCUUUGGAUUUUGAAUCCGUUGGUCCCCUGGAGUUCAUGGAUCCGUCACUCAACGACUCCCAGAAAGAAGCUAUUCGCUUUGCUCUGGCAUCAAGAGAGAUAGCGCUCAUCCAUGGACCGCCAGGCACAGGAAAGACUCACACGCUCAUUGAACUUAUUCGCCAGCUAGUUCAACGUAAGAAGCGAGUUUUAGUCUGUGGCCCGUCAAAUAUCUCCGUUGACAAUAUAGUCGAGCGUCUUGCCUCGCAUAAGGUACCGUUGGUUCGCGUAGGGCAUCCAGCGCGUCUACUCUCUUCUGUCCUAGAUCAUUCGCUAGAAGUACUCUCCCAAACUUCCGAAGCUGCUGCUAUCGUGAAGGAUGUCCGGAAGGAAAUCGAUUCAAAGCAAGCCAGUAUUCGCAAGACUAGGAACGGGAGAGAACGUCGAGCUAUCUACGGUGAUCUCAAAGAGCUUCGCAAAGAGUUCAGAGAGCGUGAAUCGAAGUGCGUCGAUAAUAUUGUUUCUGGUAGCCAGGUUGUACUCGGAACACUCCAUGGAGCUGGAGGACAUCAACUCAAGAACCAGAAAUUCGACGUUGUGCUUAUCGAUGAGGCGAGUCAAGCCCGAGAAGCUCAAUGUUGGAUUCCAUUACUCCCUGCUUCUAGAGUUGUAUUGGCAGGAGAUCAUCUUCAACUCCCUCCAACGAUAAAGUCAAAGUCAUCAAGCAAUUUAUAUCAGAUCAACUCUGCAUUAUGGGACAAAAAAGAAGACCUCCAUUUUAACGAGCUCUCCAAUACGUUUGAUAUGCGAAAUUUGGAAAUAACACUGUUUGAUAGGCUACUCUCUCUCCAUGGAACGGGGAUAAAGAGGAUGCUCACUACUCAAUACCGCAUGCAUCAGAAAAUAAUGGACUUUCCUUCUGACGAAUUAUAUGAGUCUAAGCUCAUUGCUGCCGAUGCAGUCAGGGAAAGACUUCUCAAGGACCUCCACUAUGAGGUUGAGGAUACAGAUGACACCAGAGAACCUUUGGUGUUCUACGACACACAGGGUGGAGACUUCCUCGAAAAAUCCCCUGAUUCAAAUGGCAUAUCCGCCAAGUCUCUCCUUGUUGAAAGUAAGUGUAACGACAUGGAGGCAGCCGUUGUCGCGAGGCAUGUUGAGAAUUUGGUUUCGGCUGGCGUCAGACCCGAGGACAUUGCUGUCAUUACGCCUUAUAAUGCACAAGUUGCUUUAUUGUCUCAGCUUCUAAAAGAGAAGUUUCCUACCCUUGAACUUGGUAGCGUGGAUGGUUUCCAGGGCCGUGAAAAGGAGGCGGUUGUAGUAAGCCUGGUCAGGAGUAAUCAGGACCAUGAAGUAGGAUUCUUAGGAGAGAAAAGGAGAUUGAAUGUUGCAAUGACCCGUCCCAGACGGCAUCUGUGUAUCUGUGGAGACUCAGAAACUGUUAGCAGUGGAUCACCGUUCCUCAAGAGGUGGAUGGCCUUUUUAGAAGAGAAUGCCGACCUGAGAUACCCUGAUAUCAGCGAAUUUACAAAUUAG